AUGGGUCGAUUAGGAUGGGUUCGAGGUUUAAGGCCUGUGAAAUGGAUUAGAGAACGCGUAGUUAAGCCUAAGCUGAUUAGGGCUACGUAUGAGAGGUAAGGAGAGAUUGUUUUGUAAAAAAAGUUAUUGCUAUUUUAUGUAAUGUAAAGAAAGUUCUUGCCAUUUUAAGGUUUGUAAAGAAAGUUCUUGCUGCUUCUUGUUUUGUAAAGAAAGUUUUUGCCAUUUUAUGUUUUGCAAAGAAAGUUCUUGCCAUUUUUUGUUUUGUAAAGAAAGUUUUUGCCAUUUUAUGUUUUGCAAAGAAAGUUCUUGCCAUUUUUUGUUUUGUAAAGAAAGUUCUUGCAUUUUUUUUGUUUGUAAAGAAAAUUCUUGCCAUUUUAGGUCUCAUAAGCUAAAUUUUUGCAUUCUUAAGUCUCAUUUCUUGUCUAAACGUCCAAAACUAUAUAACAUUUCCCACCCCAAAAGUUUUGUUAGCCGUUCCUUUAGGCUUAUUAAUCACGAAGAGACCAUUAAUUUGUUUAAGUUUCUCUGUUUUUCGGUUUAUAUGCUGGAACACCUGCUGUUUUUUUUUCGCUGGACUAAAUCAAAAUCGGUUGGUAGAUUGGAAACCCUAAGGCAAAACAAAAGAAAAACGAACGUGAAAAGUGUUGGAAAGUUAAUGUGCUCGGGGCGUGGGCUAAUGUUUUGGGAGGGGGGUUUUGUGACUUUUGAUAAGUCAUCAUAAGCUAACUUUGGUUGAGUUUUGGCACUUUUUGGGUUAUUUUUAAAAAUAUGUGACUUUGAUAUGACUUGUUAUGAAAAAUACGGCAUUUUUAGGUACAUAACAUCAUAGAUUUUGACAAUGCUUUUUAUUUACCUUUAAUUUUUUUUGCACUUAGGAGUUACAAAGCCUAUUACGGAGAACAAAGUAUUGUAGACGCUUUAUAUUUUAUCCUGCCUUGUUUAUUGUAAGAUAUAAUAGGGCAGGGAAAAAUAACUAUGUUAUUUGGGUUUGGAAUGUAGUAGGGAUAUAUUAAAGUAUGAAGCUAAAGUUUUGCAAAGUAUCUUUGGCUCGGCACAUUAAUUUAGGUAUAGAAGAGAAGAAUAGGCUUAUCAGAAUCCUUAGGUUUGGGAACAAUUUUAAGUUUGGUCAUUAGGGUAGGGUAGGUGACCGUAGAUGACAGUAAGUGAUUGAGGUGAGGGAUUGAGGGUUGGGUAACGAAGGAUGUUAGGGUAGGGUAGGGUAGGGUAGGGUAGGGUAAGGUAGGGUAGAGUAGGGUAGGGUAGGGUAGGGUAGGGUAGGGUAGGGUAGGGUAGGGUAGGGUAGGGUAGGGUAGUGUAGGGUAGGGUAGGGUAGGGUAGGGUAGGGUAGUGUAGGGUAGGGUAGGGUAGUGUAGGGUAGGGUAGGGUAGGGUAGGGUAGGGUAGGGUAGGGUAGGGUAGUGUAGGGUAGGGUAUGGUAGGGUAGGGUAGGGUAGGGUAGGAUAGGGUAGGGUAGGGUAGGGUAGGGUAGGGUAAGGUAUAAUUUUUUUGAAAAAAAAACGUUUUUAAAAAAUUUUGGUUUUUUUUUAAAUUUAAAAUUUUUUUAAAACUUUUUAACUCUACUAUUUUUAACAAUGAUAUCAUAAAUAUGAAAGUUCACUUUUCUCCUUACCUCAACUUUUUAUUUUUAGAAGCGCUGUCAGCAUGGACCGCAUCCUGCUCUUGGAUCAGCCUGUCGAUUAUGAGGUGAGUUUCUGUCGAUUAUUCGAACGUUUUAUUUUUUUCGUCAGAAUUUAAAAAAAAAAAGAAAAAAAACGUUUAUUUUUAUCAAAUUUGAAGAAAAAAAAACGGCUGCUAAAUUUUUGUCAUUCAUUAGGGUGGUUAUGACUUUGAGCCGAGUUUGUGUGGGAUUUCAAAGGUUUUGAGUUUUAAGGUUCAUCUUUUACUUCCUCAAUUGUUCUGGGGGAGGUAGUUGUGCGAACAACAGAUUUUUUUGAGAAGAGGCGUGUAUAAGGCGGGUUAAAAAUUUUUGUUAUGGGUGGGGAUCUUUUUAGAUUUCUGUAAAAUUUUUUUUUUCAAUUUGAAUUUUGUAAAGAAAGUUCUUGCCAUUUUAUAAUCUGUAAAGAAAGUUCUUACAAUUUCUUUCUUUGUAAAAAAAGUUCUUGCCAUUUCUUGCUUUGUAAACAAAGUUUUUGCCAUUUGUUGUCUUGUAAAGAAAGUUCUUGCAAUUUUGUAGUUUGUAAAGAAAUUUCUUGCUAAUUUAUGCUUUGUAAAGAAAGUUCUUGCCAAAAGAUCUUUUAAUCAUUUUAUGUUUCUGUUUAGUCUCUACCCCCUCCCUCCUUACAUGCUCAAAAUAUCAUAACGUACCUUACCCUACCUUAUAUUAUCUUACGCUACACUUCCCUAGCUUUUCCUAAAAAAUCACGUUGCUUUCAUGAAUCAGCCCCUCCUCGCCGUACUCUCUCAUUAGUCGCUUCGGCUCUAAUCAACAGACCAUUAAUCCUUUUACCGCACUAAAAAACCCAUCUAGAAUUGUUUGUCGUUCUGGCCGGCUGUUAGGGGAACAGAAGGUAGUGGGGGGAUGUCAUUGUCAGCGCCUUAUGACAACUUUUCGUGCCUCCGGCGAUGGGAAAAAGAAUUAUAAUGCAAAAGAAAGCAGAGAUCGAGGGGUUUUUUGCACCUAGACUGGUCUAACAAUCGCAGUUUGCUAUGAUUUAUGCUCUGAUAUGAUCCAUGCGGAACGGUUUGGACAUUCUCAGUGAAAUAUUGCUCUACAGGGGAUAAAAUUGGUACUAUAAUAGUCAUAUUGGUACUAUAAUAUUGGUUUAAGUACCUUAAUACUAAUCUUUAUACUAUAGUACUGAGCAAAGUACUACGAUAUUGACUUAUAUACUGUUAUACUAAUUACAGUACUACAAUAUUUCUAAUAUUACUAAACGUUUUACUAUAGUACUGCAGAACUGAUCUAAGCACCGAAAUAUUUAUGUUAGUACUAUAAGCUUUACUAUAGUACUAUAGUACUGAUCUAAGCAUUUUUAUAUAAUAUUAACUUGGAGACUAGAAAGCUGUCUUUAGUACUGUAAUAUUAAUAUAGUACUGUGAUACUGCUCAGUACGAUAGUAUCAAAUUAGGUACUUUUAUAUUACUUUGAGUACCAUAAUGUGCUAUAAGAUCAGCCUAUGUACUAUAAUACUCUUCUUAGUACGAUAAUAUUGAAUUAAGUACCUAAUAUUGCUCCGGGUACUGUAAUUACUACUAAGCUCUAUAAAAUACUACCUAAAACCUUAAAAAAUUAAAAAUGCUACCCCAAUUCCGACUACCAACCCUAUCAAAACGUCUCUCCUCGUCUCUAUCUAGCCUAGACAGCUUUGACUGGUUUGCAACCUCACAAUUCUUUACUGAUAUACUUACUAUUCAGGAGGUCGUACUAACAAAGUCCAAAUCAAAGAGGCUCGGGUUAACCUUAUGUUACGGUGGCACCGCCGACGACGAUACCGACAUCUUCAUCAGUCAGGUAAGAGAGUUACUGUAUGAUAAAGCCUAAUGUAAGAAAAACAAAGGGUUAUGUUACAGUAUCCUACCCUACUGUAUCUUACAGUAUCUUACCCUACAAUACCUUACCCUACCCUACCCUACCCUACCCUACCCUACCCUACCCUACCCUACCCUACCCUACCCUACCCUACCCUACCCUACCCUACCCUACCCUACCCUACCUUACCCUACCCUACCCUGCCCUACCCUAGCCUAGCCUAGCCUAGCCUAGCCUAGCCUACCCCACCCUGCCUUCUUGUUACCUAAAGUGCAACAAAUCACACGUUUUUAGCCUAAAACCCUCUCUAAACCUCUAAAAAGUUUAAGAAACCGGCGAGUUUGAAACAAACUUUGAGUAGAAUCUAAUCUCUAAACAAAUUCAAGACAAAAUACGUCAAAACGUAUCCGAUUACUUCAUAAUUUUCGGUUUUUAAUGGCCGAAAAAACAAAAAUUUGCGACAAAACCAUGAUUAAACGUGUUUUCGUUCAGAUCGAGCCGGGCAGUGUGGCGGACCGUGACGGUCGAAUACGGGUGGGCGACCAGAUUCUGCAGGUAAGUGGUGCACUUUUUUUAAAAUUUUUAUUGAGGAUGUUGCUAUUGGGUUACUAAAAGUAAUGUUUCUAAAGUUCAGACUUUCAUCUAUUUUAUAGAUUGUCAGGUUUUUUUAAAUGGUCCCAUCAUUUGAAAAAUGGUCCCAUAAUGAUUAGUUAUGGUUUUACUUUUUUAAAAAUAGUUGAAUAUUUUAAAAAUCUGUGCCACCUUCUUAAAAAUGGUCCUAUUUUUUUAGAAUUAGUCUCGUCUUUACAGAUUUGUCUCAUCUUAUUUGAAAUUGUCUUCACUUUUUAAAAAUGGUUCCAUUUUCUUAAACAUGGUUCCAUCUUCUUACUAGACAUGAACAACGGGCCGGGCCGGGCCUGAAAGUUAAUCCCGGCCCGCGGGCCGGGCUUUAAAAUAGGGCCCGAGCCCAAAAAAAAAUUUUUUUAAUUUUUUAAAAUUGUUUAUUUCAAUCCCGGUUUAUGUUUUUCGAUUUUAUUGGGUUCUAUGAUUCAUAAAUGGUCUAAAAAAACAAUUUAAAGCCAAUUUUCCGUUUAGUUUUUGAGUUUUAAAAUUUUUAAAAUUUUUUAAAACGGGCCGGGCCGGGCCUAGAAAUUUUCUGAUCGGGCUGGGCCGGGCCUGACCAAAACCAAAAACCUAAAAGGUAGGCCCGGCCCGGCCCGUUGCUCAUGCCUAAAAACUAGGCCCGGCCCGUUGCUCAUGUCUACUUCUUACAAAAUUUUCAAAGAGGCAGUACUCUAUCUGCCCCGCUCAGAAACAGCUCAAAAUUUUUAUGUGAAUUCCUUGUAUCAUCAAUACUACCUAUAAUAAAUUUUAGCUCACGUUUUUAAGUUUUAAAUUAGAAUUAUUUUGCUUUUCCGCCAAUUUGGCAAAUUUGGCAUUGUGUUUCAAGCACUUUUUUCAACUUUUCAAACAAGCUACGCUUACAAAUUUAAAAAUGUAGGUUCAUUUUAAGGUAUUAUAUUAGUAUAUCAAAGAAAAGUGUUUAAAAGUCAAAAAAUGACAAAGUUAUAAGCUUGAAACACAAUGCCAAGUUGGCGGGAAAUUCAAAAUGUCAUUUUUCAAUCUCGAUUUUCUCGAGAUUUCUGAAAAGCGCAAUUUAGUAUUUUGCUGAAGAUCUUAUAUUUACAUGACAUUUCUAUGUAAACAGCUUGAAGUCAAUCAGAACGGGGCAGGUCGAAUACUUUCCUUGUUAGCUUUUCCUUAUGUAUAUAUUUGGUCUUUGUUGUACUAACUUUUUCUUAAUUAUCCUGUUUUAUCACUGCACUAUUAAGCAUGACCAAUACAAAUUUGCAAAUCAUGCAAUAAAUUUGCCAAACCCAUUCAAACCACAUAUAACUGUCGAACAACAGUAGAACAAGUUUUAUCACCAAUGUCAUAAAACUUAAUGUGUAAAACGAAUCAAUCGUUUUUCAGAUAAACGGCCAAAGCGUUCGAACUCGAGACGAAGCGAUGCGCCAAUUUGCACUAAACAGCUCCAAUCACACGUCCCUGCUGUUGGCUAGACCGUCCGCCGAGGCAUGUUUUGAACUCGUUUUGACGUGAUUUAUGUUAUGUUUUUGGGUUCGAAGGGUUUGUUAAGAAAAUUUGUUUAAAAGGCCUAUUAAUGGAUUUAAGGGUAGAGUAAGGUAGGGAUAAGACAUGACAAGGUGAGUAGGAUAGGGUUAAGUAACAUAGGGUAAGGUUGGUUAGGGUAGGGUAGGGUAGGGUAGGGUAGAGUAGGGUAGGGUAGGGUAGGGUAGGGUAGGGUAGGGUAGGGUAGGGUAGGGUAGGGUAGGGUAGGGUAGGGUAGGGUAGGGUAGGGUAGGGUAGGGUAAGAUACGAUAAGGCAUGACAAGGUAAGUAGGACAGGUCGAUUAGGAUAAGAUAGCGUAGGGAUGAAUAAGGUAAGUUAGGGUAGAAAAGGUAGAGUAGAAUUGAGCAGGGUCGGGUCGGGUUGAGUAGGGUAGGAUAGGGUAGGGUACUAAACUAAUUGAACGACUCAUCUUCCUCCCCCCCCCCCCACCUAUAACAUCAAUACUUUUCAGCAAGACGACGACGAUGAAGACGUGCAUGUUGUAGUGGAAAAGCCCGAUCCAGACAUGUGUAAACUAGCCGAAAAUCUUCAAACCCUAGCCGAGUACGACAGUAAUACUGAGAAUUCACUUCAGCAUGAAAAGGAUUCAGGAGUUUCACGAACGACGGAUUCUGAAUCCGAUAUGAAAGGUGUUAAAAAGGGAAAAUCCUCAGAUUUUGAACAAGAAUUAACGGCGCUUCACCGUGAAAUGGAGAACGUUAGGUUGGAGUGUGCACGGCUGAUGAAAAAGCAUAUGACCGAACGUAAGCCUAUGAACUCAGCCUUGAUUGAGAUGUUGGAGAAGAUUAAUCAACCGUUUUCGACCGGUAGUUCUAAUGCAAGACCUCAGAAUACAGUACCACCUCAUACAGUAUCACAUCAUACACUGACCCCCAACACAUCCUCCUCUCAUACAGUACCAUCAAGUACAGUAAUCUCCAACAGAAAUGCUAUGUUUACUGUAAUUGAAAAAAAGCCUAGCCAGCUGUCAGAGAAAAGUAACAUCAAAUCACCUACACCAUUGAGGAGAACUACAAAAGAAAAUGACACAUUGACUAGAAAACCAAAAGUGGGGAAGCUUGGAGUACAGUACGAAGAAACAACCUCAUCCGCUUAUAAUACUGGCGGUGAUUCAUGUAGAUCUACUCCCAACAAAAAUGAAUACAUGCAUGUUGAUACAAUGCUUAAUGGGCAAACGUAAGAUUUCUUUAUAUUAGGGUAGGGCAAAUCGUAUAUUUAAGAAAGGGUCGGCUGUAAAAGCUACUGUAUAGUAGCGAGAACAUGGCAUGUGAUUAUGGUACUGUAUAUGCCAGGUGUAAGACCAAAGCUAAAGCUAAAGCUAGAGCUCGGGCUACAGUUAAAGCGGACUCUAGGCUAGGGCUGAGGCUACUAAUUAAAUUAUUAAGCUUAUGUUUUCAGCAGGCCAGCCAACCUCUCAAUCCCCUACAGAUGUCCAGAAUCUACCUUAAUGUCGCCGACUUCAUCAGAACACCCCUACCAGACAAUUGAUACACCUGUGGCUAGUACAACUAGCCCACCAGUUCAAUUUCGACUACCUCAAUUCAACUUCCAACCUCCAAAAGACAAGAAGAGUUCGCUACGGCGGUGCCAAAUCCAGCCUCCUGCUCAGCUACGGCAAAUCACGUAGGUUUUGACGAGUAGGACCAAUUCGCAAAAAAAAUUGUUUUAUCAAAUAGGACUGAUUCACAAAACUUUGUUUUUUUUUUGAUUUUUUUUAUCUAGUAGGACUGAUUAACAAAAAAAUUUUUUUUAUUUUCAAACUGUAAAACUCCCCCUUUCAGCUUCCGACCAGGUGACAUCAUGUACACCUCCCCCGACAAGCUCAGCGAAACCAUAGCCCUACAACAACGUCUACUAAAACAGUCGCUUAAUGAUCCACAACCAUCCACUCUCAAACCAACAGCUUCUAAUGUAUCAUGUGUCACAUCGGCCCAAAACUACAGUAAUCGUGUAUAUGACUCGAGGACAUUGGAACAACCAGGCACUUACGAAUGGAAAAUCAAGAGAAGAGCGGAUGGUACACGGUAUAUUACGAGGAGACCGUUGCGGUGAGUUUUUAUACGUUAUUUUAAACAAAAUACUAUAUAGAAGGCUAAAUACUAUAUAGUACACUACCAAAAAUCAUUUAAAAUUGGUUGUACAUUUCUCAUAACAUGAUUAGACGUUAGGUUUAACGUUAAAAUAACAAAUUUUGAGCUUUUUCAUGCUACGUACUAUAUACUAAAAAACAAUUUUUUUUAUUUUUAAAACCCUCAAAAAAAUUUCUAUGCUUAAAGUUGUUAUAAAAGUGUCAUUUUUAGCACAUUUUCAAUCUCGUACUAUACAGCACGGUACUAAAAAAAGUCAAAUUUAUCUUUAAAACAGUUAAGAAACGUUUAGAAUUGUUUAGUAGUUUUGAAAACAAUAUGAAAUUAAAUUUUUCAGACAACGUGUUAUAUAGCACAAUCCUGAAAAAUGAAAAAUUUUGGUGCUGAGCUUUAUUAAAUUAUUUAUAGUAGUUUAGUGGUACAGAAAAACCAUAUUUUGCAUUUUUGAAUCUACGUACUAUAUAGCACGAUACUCAAAAAUAAAAAAAAACUCAUAAUAAAACUGAUCAAAAUCAACCAGACCAUUUUCAGCUCCCAAGUCCUAAAAGCUCGCGAAGAACAACUGAACCGAGAGCGUACUGGCAUGUCCACCGACGAUGACGCCUGUUCCGACCUAAAAACCGGUAAAUUCUGGACUCGACAAGAACGAAAGCAGCAUCUGGAGAAACAGCGUCAGAAGAAGAUGAAGAAGGCUCAACUGAUUCAAGAGAAUCGACGAUACCGUGAGACUGAGCCCUUGAUUCAAACCUUGUCUGAUCGAAAGCAAAUGCGACAGAAUAAUCGACAGUUUUUCGACAAAUUCACCACAAUUCAGGAGUUUCUGGCGCAUGGAGCCAGAGACCCGACGCUGCGGCCGAUUGGAGGGGUUUUGAGUGUCACUACUGUUUAG